GAAACGGAAGUAGAUUUUGUCCUCCACUUCCGGUUUCAGCGCAUGCCACCUAGCAACAUGUAAACAGAAUGUUUUGCUGGUUUCAGUAAAAAAUAAGGAACUGCUGUCCAAGUGUUGAGAAGACACUUUCCUUUGCUGUCGACAUACUUGUUCAGUGAAGAGGAAGACAUAACCAAAGAUGUCAUUAACACAAAAUUCAAUUAUGUUGCAAGGCCCUGAUGCCAUUAGGGCAGCAACAAUUCUUGAGGAUUGUGUUGACCAGCUUUGUGUUCUGGGGAGAAUUAUGCCAACAUCAUUUGAUAGCCGUGUUGAUGCUGUAGAGAUGGUACAAAGUGAACUUAAUCAACUGGUUGCUGGACAAAAAGAUUUAGAACAAAGAUACCAGACAAUUUUAGCAAAAAGACUAGAAAUGAGACAGAAUACCAAAAAUGAAAUGAAAUUAACAGAAAUCGAGAAGGAAGUGGUAGAAAGUGGACAUGAUUUGAAAAAUAGUACCCAUGUAUUUGGUCGCAGUCUGAGACAAAAUCCUUUGACAGGAGAUAACAUUUCAAAGAUACAGGCAGACAGAACUUUCUGUGAAGAUGUUAUGGGUGAUACCUUAUCAGAACUGAUACAAAACUGUAGUUUCCAAUGCUUGAUUGAAUCAGUUGAAAGAGAGAAAUUUAAGAAAGCCAAGCUACAAGAAACUAUCCAAAAAGAGGAAAAUGGAAGAAAAAGAGUAAGAGAACUGCAGAGGAAGUUACAAGAUAUUAAAAAAGAAAAAGAACAAGAUCUUCAAGAUAGAAAAGGCAUGAUUGCCCACAUCAAAGAUCAACUUCAAGAGGCCAAAGCACGCACAAAUAUGGAAGGAAAAUACAUAAAGAAAAGUGCUGAAGUUUCAAUUGCCCAGACUCAGAAACGGUGUACCAUUUCAGAAAAACAAGCACAGGAUGAAAUUGAGAAAUUACGACAACAAGUAGAUGAUGAAGAAAGAUCACAUAGUGAAAUAGAAUCAUACCUCAGAACCCAUCAUGAUGAACUCGAGACUAAAGAGAAAUUUUGGCAAGAGAAGAUGGAAAAAGAUGUAGAUGCCAAACAGCAUGAAUUGACAGUAAUAAAAGCUGCAAAUCAGAAAGAUUUUACAAGGCUUCAGGAACUAACAAAACUUUACAAAGAAUAUGAACAAGUUGUUGUUGAAGAUAGAAUUGAGAAGGAGAAGGCGAGGAGAAAAGCAGAUCAAGAGGGUAUUGAACUCAAAGCUAGUAUCAGGAUCCAAGCCUGGUGGAGAGGUGUCAUGGUUAGGAAAGGAUUUGGACCAUACAGCAAAAAGAAGAAAGGAAAGAAGGGGAAAAAGGGAAAGAAAGGAAAAAAGAAGAAGUAGACUUGAAAUAUUUCAAAUUUACUUUUGUAAUUAUUGUUUACCAUGGACUGUGAUAAUGAACAAGUUAUUUUUAUUUUUAUCUUAAUUUUACUGUAUAUUUUAAUAUGAACAUAAAGUUUUUGUUGUGAACAUAUGAAAUAAAGAAAAUAAAACUCUUA